UUAUAUGUGGAGAUGUUGUGGUCAUUGAGGUCCAGAUUGGUUUAUUUUUGCUUGGUUUACUAGAUAUGAAUUUAUUAAAGCAAUGUGUCUAUAAAUAAAUGAUCUGGGGCCGGUUGCAUAAAUCUAUUUAAGACUAGUCUUACAAAUUAGUUGUCUAAUUAUUUUAAUUAUAUUAUUAGACUGGUAUUUACUUUUUAAGUCGGUUGCAUAAAAUUUUAGAUUGGUCUAAUUUGAGACAAAAAAGUAAGACUGGUUCCCCCUUGGCUAACUCUCUUACAAUCUAUGUUGCCAUAGAAACUAAUAAACUGUCAAAAGAAAAAUAUGCUCUAGAUUCACAAAAGUGCCCCGACUUUGUCUUGCGGUAUGGCAAAUUUUAAUCUUUGGUUUUAUGAAAGUUCAAUAAGAAGAGAAAGAGUUUUCAAAGACAGUUCAAACCCAUUGGAAGUACUUUGUGAAAAGGAACUGCUGGAGAAGCUAAGAUUUCCAAGACAUACAAGAACUAGCAAUUGACUUGGCGGAGCAUCUGAGGCCUGAAACUUCGAGAAAUUUUAGCAUCCCUCCACUGCUACAAGUAUGUCUAGCUCUACGUUUCUUUGCCACAGAAUGUUUUAUAAAUGCAGCUGCAGACUUAAUUGGGGUACACAAGUCUACAGCAUCAAGAAUUAUUCAUCGGGUUGCUUGUGCACUGUCAGGCAGACUUCCACUUUUCCACUUUAUCCGACUGAUGUCUCUACCUUGAACAAGGUGAAGGCAGAUUUUUUCAACAUUGCUGAAUUUCCAAAUGUAGUAGGAGCCAUUGAUGGAACACACAUUAGGAUUCAAGCACCUUCAACUCAUGAGCCAUUGUUUGUUAAUAGGAAAGGCUACCACAGUAUUAAUGUGCAGGCAAUUUGUGAUGCCAAACUCAGAGUGCUCAACUGUGUUGCUCGUUGGCCAGGAUCAACUCAUGACUCAAGAAUUUUAUUGAAUUCCCAAAUUCAUGAUGCAUUUGAGAGAGGAGAAUUGCAGGGUGUGCUCUUGGGUGACUCUGGUUAUCCACUAAAACCCUGGCUUCUCACAGCCUUCUUGAACCCAGUCAGUGUGCCUCAAACUCGGUACAACACAGCCCAUGCCAAAACAAGAAAUGUUAUUGAAAGGUGUUUUGGAGUCCUGAAACGAAGAUUUCAUUGUCUACAUGCAGAGCUCAAAAUGAAACCAGAAAGAGUCUGCAACAUAAUCUGUGCAUGUGUUGUUUUGCACAACAUGGCAAGAAAUCUUGCACUCCCAGACAUAGAGGAUGACCAAAUUUUUGAAGAACCCACUUUGGAGAUCGCAGAGGCAGGAGAUGAAGAUGGAACUGGGCGUUACAUUCGACAAAUGACUGUAGAAAACAUUUUCUCAGUUUGACUGAGAAA